AUGCUCAUGUUGUUCGACUUGUACUUUGGAGAGGCUACUUUUCAUUUCAUGUGUAUCGAUGAACAGCAUUUUCGGCGUCGUUAUGACCAAUGGCGAGGAGCUUUAGAUCAGGCACACCCAGAAAAGAGUACUCUUGAUAUUCGACAUUUCCCUGCACUACUUCUGCAGGUGCUUGCUCAAACCCUCGAUUGUAUUUCUCCUCAGCAUCAAGCAGCUAGGGCACUCAGAUUGGAGGACUACGAGUCUUGUGACCAGCUUGCAGACAAGUUCCACUUUACAGGUGAUCACAUUAUGCAAACGAUCGGGAGACAUAACCCCAGCGAAACCAGUGUUGAACAUGAUUUGGUGUCUGCAGACUGGUUGAAAACUUCAGGACGAGGAGCGCAGGCAUGGAAUCGGCUCGGUAGUGCGAUCAGACAAGCACAAGAACUCGGGCUCCAUGAUCUUCCCGAUACUAUCGAGCCAGCACCAGGUCAAGAUGUUGAGCCCCAUUUGCUUGCGGUCUGGCAGCUGGAACACCAGAAGCGCUUGUGGACCCGCCUGUUCAUAUUUGAUGCCAAUUUAGCGAUGGGACUGGAAAGACCACGAAUUAUUCAUCGCGAGGACGCCGUGAUACCCACCCUCUUGAACUGCGAUUUUCCCUACGACACAGCAAAGAUUAUUCCUGUACCCUACGAAGAUUGCUCAUUUGCCUCGACGAUUUUCCUCCUUCAUGUGGCUCACAAGAUACACGAUGUCCUUUCGAUCUUGUCGAAUCGAGCGCGCCGUAAUGACUAUCUGGCAAUCAUGGCAUUACACGAUGAGAUUUGCGAACUGCGGUCGACGAUGCCGAAGUUCAACAGCGUGGGCUUGACGAGCGUUGACCGACUUCGUUCAUCCGUAUCAUAUUUACGCCUAGUGAAUCACAUCAACACCGUCAUCAUUGCCCUUCAUCGGCCUUUCAUUGCUUCUCAGCCUACAAGCCGAGCGUUGGCAGUCUCGGCAGCACUCGACCAGUUAGAUACUCAGGAGGACCUCUUUCAGAUACUUCCAUUUCCACAAUUCAAGCUCUAUGGCAACGUGUUCUAUACCAUUGACGCCUCAGUCUUUCUGGCCGGUGUAGUCACUGAGCUGCCUGCACAAGGGUCGGAUACGUAUCGUCAGAUUCAAGAAUCGAUACAAAAGGCGAUCGCAAGAUUGAAAGUCAUGAAGCAGAGAAAUCGUAUCGCAGGUUCGGCUGAGGAAAUGCUCAGGCACUUCUACGACAAAAUGGAAGAUACACAAUCCGCGUCGACAACUCGGGUAGACCAAGCAACAAGAGAUUCAUCAGGAGUGGACGAUUCAGCGGUAGAUAACAUCAUUGCCACUAUUUCGCCACUACAGCAGCACUCGUUCGAAACGUAUGAGUCCCUGUUCAACUUCGAUUCUGGGUUUCAGAAAUCUGUGGAUCUUGGUGUCGAUCCGCAUGACACGGCUUGGAUAUAUGCUUAG